AUGGAACAAGAGGUGUAUUCACAAGCAGCGUAUCGUUGUGGUUAUUGGAUCGUCAAAUAUGCCCUCUUUCCAGUUACUAAAGAGCAGUUGGCGACAAAAUUUCAAAAAGUCAAACAAGCUAAUCCGUCAACAAUUCUCAGCGAUUGGAUACGACAAUAUUUUCAUGCACAUGCAGCUAAAUACGAUUUUCGUGUUCAGUUUUUGCAGCGAUAUCAAGCUACAACUAGUUGA